UCCCGCGUAGUGACACUGGGCCCGCGAUUCCUUGCAGCGGGUUGGUGACGUCAGCGUUCGAAUUCCAUGGCGGCGCGGCGACGACGGAGCACCCGCGGAGGCAGAGCGAGAGCAUUAAAUGAAAGCAAAAGAGUUAAUAAUGGCAACACGGCUCCAGAAGACUCUUCCCCUGCCAAGAAAACUCGUAGAUGCCAGAGACAGGGGUCGAAAAAGAUGCCUGUGACUGGAGGAAACGCUAAUGAGGACAGGACAGAAGACAAGCAAGAUGAAUCUGUGAAGGCCUUGCUGUUAAAGGGCAAAGUUCCUGUGGACCCAGAAUGUACAGCCAAGGUGGGGAAGGUAAGACACUCUGGACCGAUCUUUAGUCCGUGGAUGUCUCAGAGAGCAUCCUUUGUUAUAAGGACUCCUGUCUGGGAUGCUGUUCGUAUCAUUUCAGGAAUCCUCUCCAAAAUGACAGUGAAUGUCUCUCGCUCGCUCGGCAUGCUAAAUCAGACCAAUCUCCAGUUCAACAACAACAAGUACUAUCUGAUUCAGCUAUUAGAAGAUGAUGCCCAGAGGAACUUCAGUGUUUGGAUGAGAUGGGGCCGAGUUGGGAAAAUGGGACAGCACAGCCUGGUGGCUUGUUCAGGCAAUCUCAACAAGGCCAAGGAAAUCUUUGAGAAGAAAUUCCUUGACAAAACAAAAAACAAUUGGGAAGAUCGAGAAAAGUUUGAGAAGGUGCCUGGAAAAUAUGAUAUGCUACAGAUGGACUAUGCCACCAAUACUCAGGAUGAAGAGGAAACAAAGAAAGAGGAAUCUCUUAAAUCUCCCUUGAAGCCAGAGUCACAGCUGGAUCUUCGGGUACAGGAGUUAAUAAAGUUAAUCUGUAAUGUUCAGGCCAUGGAAGAAAUGAUGAUGGAAAUGAAGUAUAAUACCAAGAAAGCCCCACUUGGGAAGCUGACAGUGGCACAAAUCAAGGCAGGUUACCAGUCUCUUAAGAAGAUUGAGGAUUGUAUUCGGGCUGGCCAGCAUGGACGACCUCUCAUGGAAGCAUGCAGUGAAUUCUACACCAGGAUUCCGCAUGACUUUGGACUCCGUACUCCUCCACUAAUCCGGACACAGAAGGAACUGUCAGAAAAAAUACAAUUACUAGAGGCUUUGGGAGACAUUGAAAUUGCUAUUAAGCUGGUGAAAACAGAGCUACAAAGCCCAGAACACCCAUUGGACCAACACUAUAGAAACCUACAUUGUGCCUUGCGCCCUCUUGACCAUGAAAGUUAUGAGUUCAAAGUUAUUUCCCAGUACCUACAAUCUACCCAUGCUCCCACACACAGCGACUAUACCAUGACCUUGCUGGAUUUGUUUGAAGUAGAGAAGGAGGGUGAGAAAGAAGCCUUCAGAGAGGACCUUCAUAACAGGAUGCUUCUAUGGCAUGGUUCCAGGCUGAGUAACUGGGUGGGAAUCUUGAGCCAUGGGCUUCGAAUUGCCCCACCUGAAGCUCCCAUCACAGGUUACAUGUUUGGGAAAGGAAUCUACUUUGCUGACAUGUCUUCCAAGAGUGCCAAUUACUGCUUUGCCUCUCACCUAAAGAAUAUAGGACUGCUGCUCUUAUCAGAGGUAGCUCUAGGUCAGUGUAAUGAACUACUAGAGGCCAAUCCUAAGGCCGAAGGAUUGCUUCAAGGUAAACACAGCACCAAGGGGCUGGGCAAGAUGGCUCCCAGUUCUGCCCACUUCGUCACCCUGAAUGGGAGUACAGUGCCAUUAGGACCAGCAAGUGACACAGGAAUUCUGAAUCCAGAUGGUUAUACCCUCAACUACAAUGAAUAUAUUGUCUAUAACCCCAACCAGGUCCGUAUGCGGUACCUGUUAAAGGUUCAGUUUAAUUUCCUGCAGCUGUGGUGAAUGUUGAUAUUAAAUAAACCAGAGAUCUGAUCUUCAAGCAAGAAAAUAAGCAGUGGUAUACUUGUGAAUUUUGAGAUAUUUUAUGUAAAUAAAAACUGUACAAGUCUA